GUGGCGCCGCAGCUGCUGGACGCCAAGGACCAGGACGGCUACAGCGCCCUCACCCUGGCCGUCAUCGCCGGCAACAGGGCGCUCGUGCGCUACCUCCUGGCCAGGGGCGCCGACGUGGACGCGCAGGACAACGAGAAGCACUCGGUCGUGCACUGGGCCACGGUGUGCGGCGAGGCCGCGUCCCUGGAGCUGAUCCUGGGCGGCGGUGCGCGCGCCUCCACGCCGGACCUGCACGGCGGCUACCCGCUGCACUACGCGGCGCAGCUGUGCGGGCCCCAGGGUGCCGACCUGGGCCUCGGCGCCGUGCUGGACCGGGGUGCCGGGCUGGCCGUGCUGCGGGCGCUGCUCGCCUCCGGGGCGCCCGUCGGAGUGCACGACCAGGACGGCCGCCAGCCCAUCCUGUGGGCGGCCAGUGCAGGUUCAGCUGACGCAAUCCUCGCUCUGGUUAACGCGGGCGCCAACGUAGAGGCCGACGACAAGGACGGCCUGACCGCGCUGCAUUGCGCGGCGAGCCGCGGCCACACCGACUGCAUGGAGACGCUGGUGGGGCUGUGCGGCGCCGACGUGGACGUCAUCGACUCCAACGGCUGCACGGCGCUCUUCUACGCCGUGACGCUGGGCCACGCGGACUGCACGCGGGUGCUGCUGGCGCACGGCGCCGAGCCCAACCGCCAGGACCGCAAGGGCAGAACCGCGGCGCACUGCGGCGCGGCCAAGGGCCAGCUGGAGACGCUGCGCAUCCUGGCCGCGCACGGCGCCAACCUGUGGCUGCGCAAUGUGCGCGGCGACUUCCCCCUGCACGACGCGGUGCAGUCCGGGCGCCGCGACCUGGUGCUCUGGCUGCUGCAGCAGCGGCCCGACGCCGUCAACGCCCCCAACAACGACGGCCGCUGCCCGCUGCACAUCGCGGCGCUGCACAACAACGUGGAGAUGUGCAAG